AAAUAAUGGAAAGUGAUCAGGAUAGUUUACUGUUGCAACUUAAUAUUGGGUGUUUGAGCGAGAUUGUCACUUUUGUGCCUCUCAAGCAAGCUCUCCAGCUCAGAUUGGUCUCUCGCAAACUCAACCAAGCUGUCUGCUAUGGAUGGCGUCUCCGCAUUUACCAGAUCGAAGCUUUGAUGAAGCAUUGUAACACAAAACUGAAAGAAGGGUUUGAAGACAAGACAGUGGAAGACUACAAGGACAUGUGAGAGCACCAGGGCUGCAUCAUUGAUGACUUGAACGUUUACGUUGAGAACGGAUUUAAGUUCAACACUCCAAGGCCACAUUACAUGAAUAUUGGAUAUCUUCUUAAGCCUUCAAGAUUUGUAACAAUUCCUCUCAUCACAUCAAUGAUUCUUCUUGGCUGGGAUCCACAAACUUCAAACAUGUCUAGCUUCAAAAAUGAGAAAGACAUUUUGAAGCUGUGGCAUAAGUGCAGACUAAAUUUUAGAAACAAAAAUGUGAAGAAAUAUCAUGAUGCUUUCAAAGUGAGUGAAGUGAGUAUGGAGAGAGUUUCGACUUGCAAGAGAAUUCUCUCUUUACAUCAAGAUCUGACAUUUACUCAGAUAAAGUCUCUGUCAUCCUUAGCUGCGAACAUGUUCUCAUGGAGUAACCUUGUCAUCAAAUAUUUUGAGAUCGACCAACAGAUCAAGCCUCUCGGUAUCAGACAAAUUGAAGACAAGAUCUCAGAGUACGAAAGGACUGAGAAGAAAAUGAUGCAAGUGUUUGAUCGAAUUCUCGCUCACCAGAACUUCUAAAUAGAUCUUUCAAUUACAAUGAAAAAUA